GCGGCGGCGGCGGCGAGGGCGAGCGGGGCGAAGCAGCAGCCGGAGGAGGCCGAGCAGCCGCCGGAGGUCCGCGUUGCGCGCCGCGCCCCGCCGGAGCUCCCCAUGAGCCUCAACGAGCACUCCAUGCAGGCGCUGUCCUGGCGGAAGCUCUACCUCAGCCGGGCCAAGCUCAAAGCCUCCAGCCGCACCUCGGCGCUGCUCUCCGGCUUCGCCAUGGUGAGCGCUCCCCCACCCGCCGCCCUGGACCGCCCUCUUUCCCUGUCCCUGCCGGGAGGGGAGCUCCUUUGGGGGCGCCCUCCGGCGGAGAACCGCUGCCUGCCCCCUUCCGCUCCGCGAACGUGUGAAUGCUCUGCUCCGAGUUCGGCUCUGGCCCGCGCGCGAGUGGUGCCGGCGGAGGAAGCAGUUAAGCCGAGAGCGCAGUAGGUGCUUUCGACAAACUGCUCAGUCUCUCUGCCCUGGCAUCCUCUUCCCUGCUGGAGAGGACAACGCCCGGCCUACCUUUGUGCGAGGGGGGCAAUUAGGUUGGAACUUUAUCCCAGCCCGUCCAUCGAGAAUUAAACCGUGCAAGGCCGGCCAAGAGUUUUGCUCCCCAGUUGCCCCAGCUUCCCUCCCGCAACUUUUGAAUUUGUGCAAUGCUUGUUAGACCGAUCCCGAGUUAACUGAUAGCGCUGCGGUGAGGCUUAGGAAACUGCCUUAUACCUCCGUAGAAGCCAACUCCAAGGGGUCGAAAUAGCCCCCCUCCAAAAAAAAAAAAAUUUGAGGAAGCCCCCCCCCCAUUGAUGCACAUUACCAUUCAAAUUGGGUGUGUGCACCACAUUUUGUGAUCGAUUAUGCAGAGCAGGGCUUACCUGCCCCUCCUCAUGUUUUAUUCAGAAUCGGGCCAUUUAUCCACAGAGCUCCAUACUGCCUGCUCUGAACAGCAGCCACUCUUAGGCCUUCUUCCCCUGCCUGGAGAUGUCUGGGAGAGAAGGGGGGGGCGCAGAUGCUCUGGCCCCAAGCUGCAGCCCUCCCAUAGGAGUCAACAGGGCAGGACUAGGUACCUGCAUGUGAAUAUGAACACCCAGCCACUCUCUUAGUCCGUUGAUCUAUGCCAGUUCCAGACACUCGCCUUGCAAAACUAUCCACAUUUACACAGCAGUAAAUUCCACCGAACUUCCUUAGACUUCUCAGUAAUCGUGCAGGGGGGUGUUGUGCAAUUUGCACUUCAGUGUGAGCAAAAGGAGGAAAGUGUGCAUGUAGGAAUGCGGUUGGUUCUUCAUGAUGCCACGAGAGAGGAAGAUUUGCAUCUCCUUGAACUUUCCUCCCAUAGUAGGAGUGAACUGUUGCCAGCCUUGUUUUGAGUGUAGCUGCAGAGACACGAUUACCCACAGGGAUAGAAGUGGACCCCUUCUCCACCCCCACAUUUCCCAAUGAGGAUGGGUGUUUUGGGGAAAGGGCUCAGUGGCAGAACAUGGCUUUGCAUGUAGAAGGCCUUGGGUUCAGUUCCUUGGCAUCUGGUUCUGUCCCUAGGGCUGCAAGUGCCCCCUGCCUGAAACCCUAGGAGCUGUUGCCAGUCAGUACCAGCAUAACUGAACUAGAUGGACCAAGUGUCUGACUUGAUAUAAGGCAACUUUCUAGGUUUCCUGUGCUAAUAAUAGUAAUAAUUAUUCAUAACUUAUGCUGCACGUUUCCUAAUGUGUACAGUGAACCAUUUUGUAAGUGAAGCUGCUUUGAGUGAUAGAGAUAAAUUCUUUGUCAAUGUUACUGGUGUUGUCCUGGUGUGGAACGAUUUGUAGUUGUAUUGUUACAGAUUCUGCCUAAGUGCCCAGAUGUCAUCAUCCCUGACUGUUGGUUAAGGGGGGGGGGCGUGCUUCCAACAGCAUCUGGGACCCAAAGUAGCCGAGACUGUUAGCGUAAUCUUCCAACCUUGGGGCAUUGCGCCCUUUUGGUCAGUGAGCAAGGAAAUGCACAAAAGUGUUUGCCUGCUGCGCCGUUAUCUGCAGUGUGAAUAAGCCUCCAGGAUGACAAGUUAACUGUGCCACGCACACCCUUCUUUUCUAAGCUGUUGUGCUUUGUGAACUGUGGAAAAUGGGCAGAGGGACAUGGACAGCCAUCAUGUUAAUUGGUUGCCCAACUUCCCCUAACCUUGAGGUCUUGCAUCUACAGUAGCUGCAUUUAUACUGCUUUAAUUAAAGCCUGUGCAUUUCCACCCCAGUGGCCCUGAAGCAACCUUCAGUGAAACCAAAGCAUGCUGCUAAAAUUCAGCCCAUGCUGCUGCAAUUGAGUUGUACAGCAGUUUACAUUUGCUGUCUAAAAAAUAAAACAGAUCAUAACAAACAUUUUGUCUCUGGGAGGGAAUUCCACAAACGGGGCAUAGUAAUGAGACUGCAAAUGUUCAGUUAUUACUUAGGUCUGUACUUAAACCUUCUCUUUCCAUAACUUUCUUUGCACUACCCACUUGGCUGUGGCGAGUCAGAAUCUCUCCCAGGUAACAUAAUGGGGAAGGGUUUGUAGCUAACAGCCCAUUGCUUGUUCCCAGUUAACAAUGAAAAGCAGACAGCUUUGACUUAUUGUGACUUGCCAAUGUGCCUGUAGCAUUCAAAGUACUUGCUGUUCAUUACCCCAGUAUGCUGCCCCCCCCCAUUGCAAAAGAUGAAGAAGAGAGGCUGGCGUCUGCCCACCAAAUCAGUUCAUGGCAGUUGCAGGCCAAAAUAUUUAAAGAGCACCAGUUGAUGAAGGCUGACUUUGGCGUAAUUUGAACUGGGGUCUUAGCAUAUAUUAUGUCUCAUGGGAGCUUCUGCUGACUAAAUCUCCCCGCAAAGAAUUCCAAAAAGUGGGGCUGGGGGCGGCACAAAGUACAUCUGCUGUUUUGCACCAUUGGCUAAGGUGGAUGGUGUAUAAACCCUUGGCAUCCGUUUGUGUGAUUAGGAAGGGGAUAAUGGACCAAAAUUUGUUCUGCCAGCAGCUAUUCUGGACAAAUCUCAGACACAAAAGCAGUUAGAGGAAAAAGAUGUUUUGAUUUUCGUUUGUCAUCCCUGAAACGCAGAGGCGUAAGAUUUGGGCUGCGGCCCCAGGGAAUUAGCCCCACAGAAGUCAAAUUGGCAAGGCAUCGUAGCUAAGAGGAUGAACUAAUCGAAUCUCAUCCUUGCUGCAAAGUCAGUGCACUAUUUUAGGCAGGACUCUCCUCACGCUUUCUGUUAGCUUCAACCUCCCCAUUUGCUGUAUGAGGAUAAAAAUACUGACCUGCCUUCAGUAAUGUGGGUGGAAAAUUUUCCAGGGCUUAAUUUUUCUGCAGAAAACGUUCUUCUAUUUCAUCAGCAGCAAUGAGUGCCUGCCAACAGCAAAUGCAACAUCAGGCGAGGCUGGCAGCUCCGGAGUUUUAGCUUUGUUUACUAAAUUCAGGUAAAAUAAAAAUGGGAAACUAGAUCGCUCUCUAGGGGAGCAUUUUUUAAGCUGCAGGGUGGCAUUCCCUUCUGGGCACCUUUCCAGGGAUACAUGGGGAGCCAGUGGUCUGUGGGGCCAGAGGCAAAAAUGGACAGAUUGAGACCCUUUUCAGAGGCCCCCUCCCUCAAGGCAAACAAAGAAACAUUAUCCCCAUUCAGAACAUACCAGCCAGGUAGAAGGCCCAGAGCAGAGCAGGGGGGGGGGGGGAGAGAAUCUCAAAAGCUCAACAGAGAGCGGAAACUGAGAGCUGUGUUUGCCCCCCCCUGCUCCACCCCCCCCCCACCUGAGGUUCUCACCUCCUCCUCUUGGGCACCAGAAAGUUUUCCUGUGCAAACUGAACAAUUUCCAGUGCAAUUUCUUUGUGCAUAUAACCCAAGUUUGCACAGGACACCCCCCCCCCGAAAAAAAAGCUCACAUCACUACCCAACCUUAGAAGGCUGCUGUGCAGGUGGUGUGAGAUAAUGAAUUCAAAUUCAAUCUGCUAUGUUAGGUUUAGUUGGCUAAUUGCACCUAUUAACUAGUUUUUAGGUUUGCUGUAGCAGAAGCCCAGUGGAUGGUAUUGUGGGCUGCUGCGCCUUGUUUAGCAAACUGCCUUCAAAAAUGAAUGGGGGGGGAAGCUUGUCAGCUCUUCAGACCUCUUAUUCUGUUUUUAAAAUGCUGUGCAGGCUUUUUUUUUAAGGGGGGGUUUGAAUUGCAACUUACUGACUUUAAAAAAAAGAAAAUACUGCAACUCUCAAAACGGGAAGAAAACACACGAGGAUGCUGUUUCACAGCACAGCCUCUUCUGCAUGGCAGCUUGCUACUGGCCAGAUAAAUGUCAGUUGUUCUUCAACAGCUAAAAACAGGUUGUGGCUCUUGAAGGGUCUUUGCAGAAGGCUGGCGUCUGCUUGAUUGACGGGUGACUUGUGUUGCCUUGGGAGCCGCAAGCUGAACAUGUGAUGUCUCUGGAGCAAAGCAUUUUAAUUUCACAGCUGUGCAACCAUUUAAAAACCCCUUCGUUCCAAGUGUUGCACGAGAGCUCUUUCCCGGAUGCAUGUUUUAUAAGGGCAGGCGAAGAGCAAUGGAUCUGGGCUGUGCUUUCCCCCCUUACCUAAUGUUCUAGCGCAGGGAUGGGAGGAAGGUAGAUGAGGAUCUACCUGUAGAUCUCAUGGUGAUUUGCAGUAAGUAGAUCACCAAAGGCAUCUUGACUCCCAGUUGUUUAAAUAGCAACAGCUAAAUGACUCUUUCCACCAAAAUCAAGAAAAGGAACUGGGAGGGGGACCUUUGUGUAAAAGGCAGGAUUGUGAUCUCAGUUCAGUUCCAGUACCACAGACAAGCAUCUAGGCUCAGAAUGUUCACAGAGCCCCUUGUUCUUUGGAUGAAGGGUGGUAUGCAAAUAAUAAUAAUAAUAAUAAAUUUUUCUAACUCUGACUGGCAGAAGUUGCAGCUGAUGGUUUUUUGUUUUACUAAAACCCCAUCAAGGCUGACCCCUGAUAUAAUUCGUUUGGCACAUAGGUGGUUGUUGCAGAGAUUACUCCUCCCCAGGAGAUGUGCGGUGCCUGAGAAAGUGGCCUAAGAGGAAAAGACUCAACCUGGGGGACUCCCCCCUCCCCAAUACCUGAUUUUAAACUGCAAAGGCAGAGAAUUGACCAUGGGACCUUCUUUCUUCAAAUGAUGUGCUUCCCCACUGAAUUGUUUAGUUGCAGGCUGGAGUACAGCGUUAGAGCAGCAUGCGGAACAUCCCAGAUGCAAUUCUCAACAUCUCCAGUUGGGAAGCAUGUGCGUUCACAUGCUGUGGUCUGAACCUCUAGAGAAUCGCUGCCAUUCAACGUAGACUGUACUGCGCCGGAUGAGUAUGUGCCAUGUUAUGAAAGGGACUAGAGGCUAUUUAAUGUACUCAAGUUAUAUCUGUGAAAAGACUCUCAUAGUGCAAUUGAUGAAUGCUUUUGGCCUAAUUGGAAGGUAUGGGCAAUUCCAAAGGAUCAGAAUGAAGGGAACAUGUCCUGUUCCCCACCACCACCAUAAGUUCUCACACAUGUGUGUGUGCACACCGUGUUCCCCCAUUGGUUAACCCCUCUGCUCACUUGAAGGCACUCUUCCCAUACAAUUGCAGUCACGAACAGGAAGUUCAUGACCGUAACACUAGGGACUCAGCUACAUUAGUCAAAAACGAUGUUUUAAAUGUGUUAUAAACAUGUAACACCAGAUGGCACUGUUGAGCACAAAACUUUAUAUGAUUUUACAUAGGGUUUUUUUCUUUUGUCAUAACAAAUUAAUUUAUGACAUAUUUAUAGUGUUUUCCCUGUUUGUAGAUCCACCCUAAGCGUUCUUGCAGGAAAGCUAACUGCAUCGAAAUCAGGCAAAACUUACUUAAGAGAAAAUGUGCUUAGGAUGAGAACAUUAAUGUGAAAUUAUUUCUGCUUCAGAAAACCGAACAAUAAUACAACGUUAAAACAGUAGAGUUGCAGUUUUUUAAAAAACAAACCCUGCAGCAAUGUUAAAGAUCUAGAAGAUUUGCACAAAAAAGAACUUGAGAGAACGUGAAAUUCAGUCACAGGCAAGCCUUCCUGGAGAAACCAUGAAAAAGGAUAAAUGGUGAUGCUACCCAAAGCACCCUGUUCCUGAUAAGAUAUUCCUGGUCCAAGGGAUUUUGCUGCUUGGGACAGAGAACAAUCAAGAUGUGUAUUGCCCAAGACAAGGUUCAUGUGGGAGGAAGUUGAGCUUUAGACACCCAGGACCCCCAAGCACUGGAGGGCUUUGGUGGUUAAUUGACGUUGAUGGCCAUUGACUUGCUCCCAAGUCUUGCAGUAGGGAGCCAAGGGGCAAGUGGGACCCAGAAUGUAACUUUGGUUUCUGAUUAACUUCCUUGUCAGUUGGCUGGGUUCUCCUUUUCCAAGUAAAUGCCUCUCCCUUAAAGCUGGUUUCGAGAAGUUUCAGUUGGUGAAUUGCCUCCCUUCUGACUGAUGAGUUGCUUAGUUAGUCUGUUUAGAUUUAAAUGUCCAAAGCAAAAUCUAGUCUUGUUCCCCCGGAGUUUUGUUUUUGUUCAUUUUGUUUCUGAGAUGUGGAAGGAAGUGCGAGGGAUUUUUGUGUUUCAGAAACCAAAGCAGCGGGUCUUUCUUGGAAAGAGAAGCUGUCUUCAAUUGAUUUUUUCAUUCCCUGAAGCAGCAGCAUUGAAAGAUCCCUGGGGGGGGGGAGGGAGAGAGUCAGGGGGAACCCGUCGAUUAAACCAGCUAAAAGCUUUAUAUGUCUUCUGAUUGAAAUCAUUAGCAGCUUCCAACUCUGCUCUCCAUUCAAGCGAGAUGUGGGCAGACUUGAUAAAGUAGCAGUCUAUGUCUGUUUUCUUUGCCCUGAACUAGUAUCCUUCAGCUUUUUGCAUCCUAGAUGCACCCAGACAUGCACUGGGGACCUUAUUUCUGUUUUUAUUAAUCAUAUGUUUGUAUAGCUGUAUUGCUGCUGUUGUGAUUUGCCUUAGAUCAGGUCACAGCCCAGUAGAGCAGACAGCAGGAGCUGGCUCUCUCCAUGUGCCACGGGCCAACUUUUACAGGUGAGCAGGGCCACCCUCCUGUCAGUCACCUGACUUCACAUGUUGCCAGGUGACCUGUUUUGAGACUUGCACAGCACUGCGUAUGGAGCUAUGUAAGCCCCAACAAAGCUAAUCUUUGAGUGUUGUAUGGUGCCCAGUUCAGGUCCCUUUGGUCCACUGCAUAUAGGACAUUGUAGCUUGGCCAAAAUGGCCCUGUGAGCCAAAAGGGGACGACUGAGGGGGGGCUUAAUCUGGCCUGCAGACUGGAUGUUCUACGCCGCACCCUGCAGUAGAAGAUCCUUUCCCACCAGUCAAAGACCAUUGGCUUAAGCCAGCCAGGUAACCUCAUUCUUUGGAGUACAGAGUUAUCCAGCCUCUGGGAAUGAGGUCUACUUGGGUUCUUCCAAAUCACCAAAGAGCUUGUUGGUUUUUCUCAGCAGAAACAACGGAAGCAUCUGCCUGCGUCAGUUUUGGGAGGUUUCAGUUUCCUGUGCUUUUUACUCUGCGCAGCCAAUUAUUGUCUGUGGUUGGAAAUGGUUUCUGCCUGCUUCCCUUGGGCGCCCUUGUGAUAAGUGCGUCACAUCCCAAACCCCUCUUCAAGCAAAGUGACGCUGGCUUUUGUCCAAGGCACCAGCAAACGUUUCUGCCCAAAAUUGUCCUUAAGAAGUGUUUUCUACUUUCUCAGCUGGCGCUGCCGGUUGGGAGGCCCCGUUAUGCCAACUGGAGGGUUUCAUUGUAUAAUACUUGUUGUUCCACAUGGAAGUGAGCGCGAGUCGUUGGCAAGGAGUCCUGUUCCUGUAAGAGGGAGAAAUGGUUGCUGUUUAGCCAACUGGAGGCUGGCCUUGUUUUGUUUUUAAAAAGGAUGUGCGCUAUGAUGCAGCCCCUCCCCCCCCCCAAUAUCCUACAUUCUUCCUUCCUCCAAUAAAAUAUAGAACAUUUUAAAGGAACCGAAUGUGAUUCAUUGAAGCAUAGAAUUCUAGAGCAGGAAGGUGACGCAGAGGUCAUAUAAUUCAACCCCCUAAAUCAUUGAUCGCCGAAAAGGCAGACAGCCUCCUUUUGGGCAUUUUAUCCAUUUUAACAUCUUUUAUUACGUUAAUGGUUUCAAUAUUAACUACCUUGUCCUCAGUUUAUCUGGUGGCGAUUGGGCUUUGGGGCUCUAAAAGCAGGGCUUCUUUAGCUCUGUAGUACUUGGACUCCGCUGUGUUUUAUUAAAAGCUGUAUUUGCUGUUUUAUGUUUUGAUCAGUGUUUUGUCUGUGUCACCUGGUAGUUUCGGCACAUGGCAACUAAUAAAUUUUAGUCCCCUAUAUAUUUUGGAAAGCGAUUUGUUUCUCCGCUCGUUAUGCAUUUGGACAACUCCUGAGGUUUUCCAUGAUAAACCAUGAUGGGAGGUGCAACUUCAGUUUCAAGCUCCAGAUCAGAGGUUGUUUAAAAAAUAUUCUUUUUUUCUCCAUAUAACAAGUAAUAUUUGUUACUCAAAAAUUAUAUUCCCAUUCAACAAAACUAGUGACUUCCUGCUCACCCAACGUCAAUAUUUAUUACCCAAAUUACACACAGUUGCCUUUUAAGGUUCCAUCUUAUCUAAUUUCAUCCUUUUUAACACGUUUCUUAAUAUAUUCUGUUAUUUUCUUACACGUCAAGUCCCAUUUCCAGUCUUGUUUAAAAGAUUCUAAAGGUCCAUCUCAUAUCAUAGAAUGACCCUUCACAGUCCUUAAAUUUCCAACACCUGUUUGAUCCAUUUUUGUAUAUUUGAGCUAGCUUCUUUGGGGUUAAAUACCAUCUAGAUAUCACCUUGCAAUAUUUUCUUUUAAGACCUAACAUGCUGGAAAUUUCAUUCCUGUUUUCCAAAGCUUCUCCCAGGCAGAAAUCCAAAAAUAUUGGAGGAAAGUUUUUGAGGAGUCAUCUACAACAACUUCACAAGUGGUUAUCCUGUCUGCAGAAUUGGCCCUUCUGCGUCUGUUCAAAGACUGGAAUAGGGAACCUAAACACCAUGAGCAGAUUUUGCAUUUCCUUUUGGCUGCAAGGGCCACCAUUGCACAUUUUUGGAGCAAGUUUAAAACCAGAAUCUGAAGUAUUAGUAUCAGCAGAUUUACAGAAAUCGUUUGUUUGUCUAGCCUUAGCUAUUACAAAAUACAUAAAACAGAAUAAAAACCGGAAUUGAAUAUAUGACACAGUUAAAAUAAUUAUUCAAACCAGAUAUUCUGUCUGAUAAGAGUUUGCUCCCCUGAAGAAUUUAACUUGUCAUCCCCGCAAGUUUUCUCCUUCCAAACUGCCACUCUAGAAGCAAAUCAGACCACUUUUUCAGAGGUAUAGGGCGACCUGUCCCCUAAUAAAAAGUUAAAUCAAAUAUCCAAUCUAUCUCUCAACUGAGAGAUGUAAAUCUUUAAACAAGACUGCUCUUAAGUGCUCAUAGAUUGGACAAACAAGUAAGGAGGAGGGUAAAUCUUCAGGUACAUUACCCCACAUGGGCAAACUCUCUCUUCAUAGGGCAUCUGGCAAUAGCGUGGAACCACAGAGCUGUAAAGGCUUUCCUCCAUUUCACAUUUGAGAUGCUGAUUCCAUAGUGAGGGGACUGAGGGCAAGGGGUCUGAAUGGGUAGUUUGGCAUACAAAGCACAUUUGGAGAAGCUUGCAUACAAAAUAAAGGUAUUGUGCAAGCAAAGGGAACAUGGCCCAUUUCUGUCAAUAGGGCAGUGGCAUAGCGUGAGUUGCCAGCACCCGGGGCCGCGCGAAGGUGGAGAGGGGAGCGAGGGAGGGAACCAGACAGAGUACGCAUGCGCAUUCAACUGUCUAAUGAUGUCCAUGUCCCCCAGGAGAUUGUAGCCACAGAGAUAAGGGGGGGAAAGAGCUGUUCUGUUGUCUGGAGAAGUCACUUUCUGGUUUGCAUGGAAAAGAGACUUUGAUUCAGACUUUGAUUCGUUGAGCCUGGCUGGUGCUCUUGUGGUAUUUUGCAAAUGAAAACUUAAUAAAGAUCAUUUAUAUGUAUGUAUAAAAGUUUUCGCAUGAUAGUUCCUGAAAUCAAAGAGCAGAUUUUGGAAGGUGUUUGGGUAAAACUGAGUGCCAUUUUGAAUCGCCCUGAAAUCUUUUGAUGAAGGAUAGUAUAUAAAUCAAACAAACAAAUGGGAAGUAUAAGUUUUAAAGGCAAUUUUUUAAAAAGGGCAACUGAUUACUGCUUAACUCAAGAACAUAAUUACGCUGGGAAACGCCUUGGAUGAAAAAGGUUUCCACUUGCUGUUUGAAAGCCAGUUGGGAGGAUGGCAAGCAAACAUCCCUGGGCAGGGAGUUCCAUAGUUCCAGGAAGGCUCCCCAUUUGUUUUGCCACCUUCUUAUACUUCCGGCAGUGGUAUUCCAUAAGUGAGCGAUCUCCUGGCAUUUACUUAAGGUUUCCAGGCUGUUUGGAAGUCCAGGAGAUGCCGUGCUAGAAACUUACAAAGCAAACCUUGCCCCCUCCUGUUCCACCCUCCACCAGGACCUCCCUGCCUUGCUGGAUGGGCAGGAGGGGCCCUUGUGGAAUGCCAAAUAUUCCCUCUCUGCACUGGGAGGGGCACUGCCUUUGAUAAACCCAGCUUCUGUGCCAGCUCUGGCGAAAGAGACAAUUCUUAGCCCUUCACUGUGGAGCUUUCAAAGCAGAAAAAGGUUGUGUUAAUGGGUAAUGGGAAAGUAUUCCUUAAGUUUGCUUGAUGUGUGGCUUCCUUUGCAGAAAGCAGCCUUUGCCAACCUGGUGCCCUCCAGAUGUUUUGGGACUGCAGCUGUGCUGGCUGGCGGGAGUUGUAGUCCAGGCUGGCAAAUGCAGCUGGGAAUGAGAGAAAGCACAUGGCGUGGAAGAUGGUUGGGUGUGGUAUCUUCUGAGGCGCAAUGCAAGACACGUGCGAGAGCCGCUUUCAGCUAUGUAAAUAUCCUCCUUUCUGUCAUUUCAACUCAAAGGGAGGGGAAGUCCCAGCACUCUUCUCUCCGGCCACUGACCAAACUGCAGCCUCUUUGGAACAUGGCAUGCCUCCACGCCAGGCUCUGGCACAGCCCAGGUUUCAUGCUCUGGCCUGGAUGCGGCCCCUGAGGCCCCUUUUCUUGGCCCUCCGGACUCCCUGCAGGCCACGCCCUUUGCUAGCUCUGCACUGGACCUUCCUUGAGUGCAUUUCCCAGGCUGGAGUGUGUCUUCGAGCUCUGGCAAUUCCUCUCGCUUACCCAAAUGGACAGAGAGGCAUGCGUGGGAGCUGGCCUGCUGGACAAAGGUAGGGUCAGCCCAAGACAUUGCUGGCGCCUGAGGCAAACCACCAAAUGCCUUCCUCCCCAGGAAGAAGAGGUGAGCAAAGAUGUACAUCAGGAACAAGGGAGGAAUAAAGAUGUACACCAUGAACAUGGGUGGGAGGAGACCAGCAGCGCCUCUUAUUCGCAGCAUGGCUGGGGCAGCAUGGUGGGGGUUGCAGAGAAGGCAGCCCGGCCGACCAGUUUCCAAAUUCUUUUUAUUUAUUUUUCCAAAUUUUACGAAUUUAAUACAAUUUUUCCAAAAAUUGGUCUCCCACACUCUGUUCUUGGUGCAUCCAAGGUUUCCUCUUGUUGCUGCUUUAUUCUCCUAGUUGUUUCUAGUACACAUUCCAUUAUAUUACCAUCUUUUCGUUUUUUUUAAAAAAAACUUAUUUAUCCUUAAUCAUCAGCUAUCUCCAUAGUGUUGUGAACAGGGAUUUUGGGAAUGAUUCAUGUUGUUCUAUCCUUUCUGGAUGUCUCAUGACCAUAUUAUAAAGUCGUUGUGUUCCUUGUUAUAAACCAAGCACAGCCAGGAGUUGCAUCUUUCUGUUUCCCAAUGCCUUCCUUAGCAAUAAAACAAUUCAGUGUGGUGCAAGCAAAUUGUUAUCCGGAAAUCGUGCCCCAGAGAAAAAAGUUUGAGAACCCCUGGCUUAGGUCCAAGGGCUGAACUGUGACCUCUUGCUGCCUUUUCUCUCCCCUGCCUCCCAGGUGGCCAUGGUGGAAGUCCAGCUAGAUGCUGACCACGACUACCCACCGGGGCUCCUGAUUGCCUUCAGUGCCUGCACGACGGUGCUGGUGGCCGUCCACCUCUUCGCCCUGAUGGUCAGCACCUGCAUCCUCCCAAACAUCGAGGCCGUCAGCAACGUCCACAACCUCAACUCGGUCAAGGAGUCCCCCCACGAGCGCAUGCACCGCCACAUCGAGCUAGCCUGGGCUUUCUCCACCGUCAUUGGGACUCUGCUUUUCCUGGCCGAGGUGGUCCUCCUCUGCUGGGUGAAGUUCCACCCGUUGAAGAAGAAGAGCCCCGUCGAAGGUGGGAAGCCCAGCAACGUUACUGAGAGCUUCUCUGCCGGCGAGGCUGCUGCCAUCACCUCGACCUCCAUCAUGGUUCCCUUCGGGCUGAUUUUCAUAGUGUUUGCGGUCCACUUCUACCGGUCCUUGGUAACUCACAAGACAGACCGCCAGUUCCAGGAACUGAACGAACUGGCCGAGUUCGCGCGGCUCCAGGAUCAGCUGGACCACAGAGGCGACACCCUCCCACCUCCGGGCAGCCAUUUUGCAUAGAUACUCAAACUAUGAAAGUUUUUUUGUUGUUUUGUUUUUUAAAGCCAGCCCAAAUGUUUCUCCUGUGUUCUGUUGACUCCCUUCUUCGUGAAUUUGGCUGGCCUGGAAAGACAGAUUAGUAGUACUGCAUCCUAGCUCUCUAGUUCUUUUAAAAAAUAACAGUAAUGAUUCAAUGUGCUGUUCUUGCAGUGUUUUGAAGGACUGGCACCUGGAGGUUCAGGUGCUGGAGAGAGGAAUUCGGAAUCUCUCCUCCUGCCGCCUCCCGUCCUGUGGUCCAGAUCCUUGUCUUUAGACACUGAUUCAUCAUGAGGGGAAAUGGACAUUCUGUGCUCUCAGGUUGGGGGGUGGGCCUGUGGGGAGAAGGGAGGAAGUUAAGAGGUUUGUAAGGAAGUGCAGCAUUUUACUUUGACAUGUUUAGUAACUAGCAUUUGAGGGGGGGAUUGUUUGUUUCUCAGAUUCAUGCUGCAACAACCUGAAUUCAAACCUGCCUGAGAGAAUCGAGGAGCAAUCUUUUGUUUUUGGCGUGAUCCUGGGUUUCUUAAAACCCCAGGAGACAAGUAAGAAGUGGACACAGAGCUGUGUAGGCAACAUCUCCCUGGAGGACAGAAAAGCUCUUAGCCAGAAAAUUCAGUUUCCAAGUACCAUGACUUUUGAGAGAGAGAGAGAGAGAGAGAGAGAGAGAGAUUUCUAGGCUGCAGGAUGAGCACCCUAUUUAACUCUUCAGUUCACUUGAGUUGAAGCAGAAUUGAAUAGGAGAAACUGAGCACAUUGGCUUUAAGUUAGCAGGAUUUAUACAGUAAUUGGCGUUCUUUCCCGAAAAACAUGGGUCAUCUUUGAACACAUUUUGGCUUUUGUUUGUUUUAAAUAUAUCCAGCUCAUUUAUAUUCCAGGCCAGCACAUCCUAACCUUUGAGUGAGCCUCUUUGAACAUAAUGAGCUUAUUUGCACAUAAGCAUAGAAGAUUGUAGAACAGGGAUGGAGAGACCAGCGCGCCCAUCAGCCUCAGCCAGCACGGCCCAAUGGUCAGGAAGGAUGAUGGGAGUCCAGUGACAUCAUCAGGAAGCCCCCAGGCUCCCACCCCACCCCUGGGUUAUUGGGGAAAGUAAGUGUGAUCCUGACCCCACCCCCAACCCCAGGUUAGAAUGGAGAAUACCUUGGCAGCAAGAGCGCUGUCCCUGGGGCAGAAGUUAAUUGUUCCCUUCAUUAAGGCAUUUGCAUUUUGGAAGUGCCCCAAAUUCCUUUUGAGUCUUGUUGCUUGGAGGUUUUGUUAUGCUAGAACUUUUAUACAGGACUCUUGCAGUGGCAGCUAGUAAUGGCAUCACUUGACCACCACGGCAGCUGCGCUGCAAAUAGCAACCAUUUUCACUGCCUUGGUUAAAAUAGCCUUGGCAAACCGGUUCUGUUUCUGUAGUGUGUGCAGACCCUUGGUCCUGUGCUUCCCACCCGUAGACCCAAGGCCCUUGUUUUACUUUGGGAGAAAGUGUGUUUGGCUUACGAGCCAAAGUCUUCUUCUGCCUGUUCCUGAGGGCCAGGCUCAGCUCCCAGCAUGGCUUCCCUAGGAACACUAUAACCCAACUGUUGUUGUGAGUCAUGUUGGGGAUUUGAAAUGCAGUGUUUAAUUUAAAGCAAAGAAAUUAAUGCAGGAAGCUGCCUUGUCACUGGGCAGAGUAGUUUUCAGUUUGGCCCCCUCUUCCUGGCAACAGCCUUCCAGAGUCCCAGGGUUUCAAACAGAAGUCUGUGCCAGUCCCAGAUGGCGGGGAUUGAUGCUCUGCCACUGAGCUAAGGUCAUUGGACCUAUGUACAUGGUGCUUUAGAGAGCCCUGGGUGGGCAGGCCCCUUUGCCACGGGGCUUUUCAGCCCAAAACAGGCAUGGGGAAACAGCAAGGAAGAGAUAAAGGAGGCCAUGGUAAACAGGAAGAAAAUAUGAAUAUGUGAUUGUUUCUGUUGCACAUACUUGGUUACGGUAGGUAUUGUGGGUUGUUCCCAAAGGUUUGGCUUAACCCCCUGAUGACCCACAGCAACCUUCGCUAACAUCUGGUGCCUUCCAGAUGCUGUUGGACUGACAUCUGGGGGUGGCUCCAGGUGUGGGUGGAGGCUGCCUGUACAGGAUGGAUCCCUUGUCAGAUUCUGCCUAAAGCAAUUCCUUAAAACCUUUUUUCCAGAGGGACCCAUGUUCAUGUAUUGGCAGCAAAGCAACAAACGGUGUUGUGGCUGCCUAAAGCAACCAACACAUUUAUUAUGACAGAAGCUUCCAGGAACUGCAGUCGGCUUCCUCAGAUUCCUGGUGUUUGCUUUGGUGUGUGCUGUGCCCUUUGCGGGCAAGAGAGAAGGGAGACAGUGGAUGUGCUUUGUCUUCUCUCUCUCUCUCUCUCUCUCUCUCUCUCUCUCUCUCUCUCUUCCCCCCCCCCCCCAAUUUACUGCUGGACUUAACAGGGUUUGCACUUUGAAGCGGAAGUUUGGUGUUAAAAUUACUGCUGGACUAUCUGGGACUAAUUAACUGCUGUUUAUUUCUGCCUGGGAUGCUUGAAAGACAGUUCUAAGUGGGUCUGGACCAGCUCAUCAGCGUUGCUGUCGUCCAGUUUGAAGAAAUUGGGGACUUUUUGUUUUGGGUCUGUUUUUUCUUCUCUUCCAAAGUGCCUUGCAUUUCCCCUCGGCACCUGAGGGUACCGGGUGGAUCUUGCUUUGGCAGUUUACUCCCGCAGCAGGUUAACUUGCAGAAGUGAAGCACUUUUACUACUGAAGUGAACGCUGGAGCAAAGCUGCCCUCCAGAGACUGUUGGACUACAGUCGGGGAUAAUGGGAACUGUAGUAUCUAGAAGGCGUCAGGUUGAGGGAGGAAGUCUGCUGUAACCACAGAUGUUUCUAGACCAUUCACUUGGCUCCAGAAGUGAAUAUAUAUUAAUUUUUAAAAUAUCUUGGGGAAAUGUUUGGAUCAACAAAUGGUUACAAAACGAGAGUACCUAAUUUAUAUAUCAUUUAUAUGCCACUUUAAAAUAAAAAUAAUAACGAAUGAAUCAGAUUCUAAUCUGUAAUUUGCCGAAGGGACUCUGGCCUUCUAGAUGCUGUUUGACUACAGCUGCCCUGCCCAUUGGGCAUUCUGGCUGGGGCUGGCAGGAGCUGGAGUGCAUCAGCAUCCGGAGGGCCACAUGCUCCCCUUCUCUGCAGUAAGGGCCGUGGGUGGAAUCUGAAAUCUACUAGCUGUAUUUUUUUUCUUCCUUAUGCAACCUCUUCUGUGGUGUCUUGGAAAAUAUUUUCAGGUUCUUUAGGAACAUUAAUCUUUUGGAACUGAUGUGCGUUUACUUUUGGCACAUUGAAGUCUCUCUGUAUAGAAGUGUUUAUCAAGAAGGCUUUGAAAUGUAUUUUUGUGUUCUAUUUUUAUUUUAUUCUUAAGGGGCAAUCCUCAUUGCUUCAUUUUUGGAGUGUCAAAACACUGCUGGGCUCAGAGUUCUUCUCUGGGCAAAUGUCUUCAGUGCUUGUGAUGGGAGCCUGGAAUGCGGGAUGUGUUUGAAUUGGAGGGUUAUUUCAGGAUGUGUGUGUGUGUUAUCAAAGUACUGUGUUCUUUGUGUGACGGUGUUGCGUCUAGAAAAGGGGCGAGGAACCAGAAGCCCUCCAGAUGUUGCUAAGCUACAGCUCCCAUCAUUCCUGACCCUUGGCUGUGCUGACUCGCUUACAUAUUCUUUUUCUUUUUAAAGUCUCUAGCCCUCAUCGUUAACCAUAUUUUUUUCACAAACAAAAUGGCCCUCAUCGCGAUGAGAGAGAUAUUGGAAAAUGCAAGAGUCGGAUUUAGAUAGUCCCCACCUGUACUAAAAAGGAGACGCCCUGUAUUACAAUAUGUGCAUCUUCACUGAGCUAGUAAACUUCCCUAUACAGGGCUGGGAAAAUACUUGAAAUCAGUAGGUACCAGCAUCAAUUUUUUAUGUACUCAAGUUGGGGAGGGACCUUAGCUCUGUGGAAGAACACUUGCCUUGCAUGCAGAAGGCUGCAGCUUCAAUCCCUGACACCUCCAGGCGUUGCUGCUUAAAACCCCAGAGAUCCUCUCCUGGGCAGCGUAGAUCAGGGGUUCGCAGAUUCUGUUCAGGUGGUUCUGCAGCUGUGGCUUUGUGACAGGAUGCGUCGCAUUGAAUAUGUAUUUUUGUGGCUGCUUUUAUUUCUUAUAUACUGCAUUUUCUUGUAUUACAAUUUGCAUUCUUUGGAAUCAAAUCGCAAUACCAUUAAAUGCAAUAUAUAAGGGCAGGGAAAGUGACAAUAAAACUGCAAGUAAAACUCUUACAGCAUUUAGCACAGUGCAUUAUGAUUGCUACAACAGGCAGAAAAAUCAUGUCAAGAUGUUCCGCAAUUUUCAAGGGAGCGGGGGGGGGACCACUGAUGUAGACAAUACAGAGCUAGUUGAAAUGACUCUUUCUAUGUUCUUUUAGAAGCCACCUGAACUCAUUCCAUUUCUCUCCCUCUCCUAGUGCUCUUCCGAGAUUUUUUAUUUUUUGCAUUCAUGACAAUUUACCAACGAAGGCUGUUGUAGAAUAUGGCUGGUGCUUGUGGGAUCCGCUCUGUGGAUCUCGCACAUUCCUCUCCUAGGCUGGGUUUUGCAGAGAAAGCAAAAAGGGAGGAGAUGAGCCCAGGAGGAGAAACCUUCCCCAGCAGAGCAACUGAGGGAAGCUGCAGGUCUCGUCCUACUCCCCAGACUCCCGUUACCCAAAAGGAGAAGCAGGUGCCCAUCUUUUUUGCCAAGCUUGCUGGUUGCCUGGCCCAUCCCUUUUAGCGGCAAUGAGAAAUUGCAGCAGUGACCAGGAAACGGACCCUUCUUCCUUCCUCCAGUCUGUGCGGGUUUUUUUUAAUCCUAGCUCUAUAUCAUCUGUGUAGCUGGGGGUUGAAGGAGUUUGGACAGUGUUAUAUAUGCAUUCUUUAGCUUCCUAAAGAGCUUAGGAGGAGCCAUGUUAGCCUGCAGCAAACACAACCGAAAGAGCACGUUCACAGGACACACAGCCCAAACUUCCAGGAGACGAGCUUGCACCCGCUUUGCUCUCCCCUGUCCUUUGUGCUGCCACGCUGAGCCAAGCCACGGUUUGGCUGAGCAUGUCGCCCACACGGAGCCUUGGGGUUCAGCCCUCUUUCUAACCAUGACCUCUAGCCGAGAGCAGUAGGUCUGCAGCGAAAUGGACCAGGGAGGAGGAAAGUGGCUGCUGGCUUCUCUCCGGGACGAAGAGACCUGCACGGCCUUGCUAAGCCAGCCAACAGCAGCCAGGUAGCUUGGAGAUGUUUCAGACCACAGCUCUCACCAACUGCUGAGCCAACAUGGCCAAGCGAUGUCUUCACUGGUGCGAGUUGCAGCCCGAAAAAUCUGAAGGGCAGCAGCUCUGUACGACGCACUGCACCUUGCGAAUUGGGUCACAGCCCUGUAUUGUAAAAUGUUUGACAGUUUAGUUUUGGCAGAAGCCACAAACCUCAUGUUUGAAGAGACGGAUGCAGAGGGAAGAAAUAUAUAAUCUUUCUUCAGAGAGAGUCGAGGCAAAACAAGUGAUGGAUGGGGUUGUCUGGUACACAUCUGUCCUCUGAAAAAGGAUACGGCAGGGGGCUGUAGCCAGCAGUGUGUCGGUCUUUGGGCUUCACUUUAAAAUAGUGAUUAAUUCCUGCUUUCCUUCUGCACGCAACGUAUGUGUACCUACCUGUGUCAGUGGCCUUUUCAUACACCUGAUGAAUCUGUUAAUUUUGAAGGUGCUGCCAGGGGCUUCUGUUGAUUUCAGGAAGCCCCUUCCCCUCUUUCAUGAUGAAUAUUGGAGGGUGGGGGACAAAAAAGACUCUGAUUUCAAGAUGCUGUAUGAGCUCACUCCCUUUUACACUGCAAGAGACCAGUGAGCCAAUAUGGCGUGUAUUUUGAAGGCGUUGAGAUCGUCUUAAUGAGCUCUUGCCUUUCAGAUUAAGGCUGUAACCUUUUUUAAAAAAGAAAUGCAGGGUGUUUGGAAUGCAGACUUCAACACAAAACCAUAGUAGUUCUGUUGCUGUUCUUCAUGCCAUGUAGCAAUGUUUUAACGGCUUAUUUGCACAACUGGGUGAUGGUAAGCCUCUUUGGAGCUGAAACCCAACAGCAAAGCGAGUUGCAAAGAGCCCCAAGAUAACGGGGGACUCUUGAUUCUCCCCUUUGUUCACCUUGAGGUUGUUGCUGAAUAUAUUGAUAGUCAGCGGAACCUGGAAUUUGCCUCAGGUGCUUGGCACCCGAAGACGCUGCACCAAAGGGGUGAUGCAAAAGUUGCUGCUUUAUACAAGGCCAGCAAUACACACAGGACCUGGGAACCUAGGUGCCUGGACAUGCCUUGUUUUGAGUCAGACCUUUGGUCCAUCUAGCCCAGUAUUGCCUGCUCUGGCUGGCAGUGGCUCUCUUUGCCAACCACCUGGCCUUUCCCAUCUCCUGGUAAUCUUUUAAUUGGAGGCGCUGGUGAUUGGACCUGUGACUUUGCCUCUUCAAAGCCUGAGCUUGACAACAGCUAUAAUCAAUAUUUCUUCUACAAAAGGCUGGACCUUCCUCUACUGAGAGCCAUGCCCCACCCCACCCCCGCGCAUCCCUUUUGGCCCAGUGAAAGCUCACAUCAAGAGCCAGCUGCCCGUCAGUGAUGGAGGUCCUCUGCUAUUAUUAUUAUUAUUAUUAUUAUUAUUAUUAUUAUUAUUAAAUUAAUUAAAGUUGUAUGCUGCCCUUCAUCUGAAGAUCCCAGGGUGGUUCACAACAGAAAAAUACAAAAUGAGAAUGCAAAAUACAUAAUAGAACAACAAAACAAACAGAUUGAAAAAGCCCUAGAACGUUAAUCAGCCAAAUGCCUUGUUGAAGAGAAAUGUUUUUGUCUGGCGCCUAAAAAUAUGUAAUGAAGACGCCAGGCAAGCCUCCCUGGGGACAGCGUCCCACAAGCAGAAUUGCUACCCUCUACCUCUCGACGAGGCACGUGAAAAAGGGCCUCCCUGAAUCCUGACCUAGUUCACCUGAAAUUUAUUUUGCACUGAGUUUCUCGCACACACCAGGCACCCCCUGGGUCACCCUUACUCCCAAGGCAGGGGAUCUCUACACCAGGCCAGGCAGCCAAGGCAUUACAGCAUUCGUGGCGCAGGAGUGGUUUAAAGCCCAUCUGCUGCAGCUGCAAUCCUGACCCCACUUACAUGGGAGCACGCUUGAAAAUUUCACUGGGACUCAACUUCUGAGCAGAUCUGGUUAGCAAACUGACAUCACUAAAUCCAGAAUGAAGAGUACCUUGAAAUCCUGUGCUGGAAGGACUGAGGCUGCAAUCCUAAACACUUGCCUGAGGCCAGAUGCCCCCUGAAUUCAAGAUGACUUGGGGUCGUGCUGUAAGCUGUCCUGAAAUGUAAUGCAAAAUCUGGGGUGGGGGAGUCUGGGGUGUUCCAGAUAUUGGACUCCAAGUCCCAUCAGCCCGUCAGCAAGGCCAGUAGUCAGGGGUGAUGGGAGUUGUAGUCCAGCAACAGCUGGAGGCCCACAGGCUCCCCGUCCCUGGUUCACAAGGUCAAAGCGGUGGCUCUGGUGGUGCUUUUUAAUAAGUCCACCUCUUGGGGUAUAGGACUGGAAUGUGGACUUCUCUCAUUUCCCCAGAAGCUGUGCAAAAUGUGCCUGGGCAAUCUGAGCCAGGAGGGGGCAGAAUCUGGUCCAGGGGCCAAAGGUGGGCUUCCAGAACAGGCUGUGUGGGCUCCCCCCACAGGCCCCACUCCUCACCCAUCCUGCUGUGCUUCUGCCUGGCUGGAAUAUGUCCUUGAAUGGUGAGGAAGCACCUCUGUCUGUCUGUGUGGAUGGAUGGGAGGGAGAAAGGGAGGGAGGGGAAGGGGGUGUCCAUGAGUAAAUAUACUCCUUGGAUUGGAAAGGUUUCUUCACUCCUGGUCUAGACAAACACACACAGAGUUCUAGCCGUAAUUAAUCAAUUAUGAUGGUAACUUAUUCAUAAAUGUAACUCUUUUUACAUGAGUGUAUAGAUGUGUUAGCAACGGGGGCGGGGGGGGGAGAGAUUUUUCAAAUGUGCAAAUUUUUAUGGAGCCAUACUGGAUGGUUUUGCCAAAGAUUGGGGGGGCGUUCCUUUGCAAGUUCAGUGGGAUUUUAUCACCAUGUGCACAAAUAUUAUUUGAUGUAUCUUGGGAAGGACAGAAUUGACAACUGUCAUAAUAAGUAGACUUGGCUCUGUGGUGCGUACUACCUGGUUUGGGUGGGCUGGUUGCUUGUUUUUUAAUCACUUUUCUGUUGAAGGAUUUUUACCUAUUCUAGUUUGAAAAUAAUUGCUAAGAUGACUAAAAAUGAAACUAGAAAAUUAAAAUUAUUUUUCCAGUUUA